AAGCCGUUGGGGCGGGGCCUCGGCCGGGCAGUUUCUGAGGCCGCGAUUUCACAUCGGAAACAAAACAGCGGCUGCUCGGGAAGGAACCUUGGUUGCGAGCGGCCGGUGGCGGCGGCGAGGAAAGCGUAGAUAUAACCUGGGAGCCUGCAAGUGACAACAGCCUGCGAGGUCCUUAGACAGCGUGGCCUGCCUGGAGGAGAACACAUGAAAAAAAGAACCCCAAGAGGCUUUGUCAUCUGUGAAAAAGUAUUUCUGUACAGUUGCUUCAAUGACAGAGUUACCUGCACCCUUAUCCUACUUCCAGAAUGCACAGAUGUCCGAGGACAACCACCUGAGCAAUACGAAUGACAAUAGAGAACGCCAUGAACACAGCAGCAGCGAAAGGCGGAGGCAUGGCAACCCAGAGCCUUUAUCUAAUGGAAGACCCCAGGGUAACUCCCAGCAGGUGGUGGAACAAGAUGAAGAAGAUGAUGAGGAGCUGACAUUGAAAUAUGGUGCCAAACAUGUUAUCAUGCUCUUUGUCCCCGUGACUCUCUGUAUGGUUGUGGUCGUGGCUACCAUCAAAUCAGUCAGCUUUUAUACCCGGAAAGAUGGGCAGCUAAUCUACACCCCAUUCACAGAGGACACCGAGACCGUGGGGCAGAGAGCCCUGCACUCAGUUCUGAAUGCUGCUAUCAUGAUCAGCGUCAUUGUUGUCAUGACUGUUCUCCUGGUGAUUCUGUAUAAAUACAGGUGCUAUAAGGUCUUCUCCUGGGUUCUCAUUAACUCAAGACUAGUUCUAAGCCUUUUUAAUCUGUGUUUUAUUUUUUUCAGGGAAGUGUUUAAAACCUACAACGUUGCCAUGGACUACAUUACUGUUGCACUUCUGAUCUGGAAUUUUGGUGUGGUGGGAAUGAUUGCCAUUCACUGGAAAGGUCCACUGCGACUCCAGCAGGCAUAUCUCAUUAUGAUCAGUGCCCUCAUGGCCCUAGUGUUUAUCAAGUACCUCCCAGAAUGGACAGCGUGGCUCAUCUUGGCUGUGAUUUCAGUAUAUGAUUUGGUAGCUGUUUUGUGUCCAAAAGGCCCACUUCGGAUGCUGGUUGAAACAGCUCAGGAGAGAAAUGAAACUCUCUUUCCUGCUCUCAUUUACUCCUCGACAAUGGUGUGGUUGGUGAAUAUGGCAGAAGGAGACCCAGAAGCCCAAAGGAAGGUAUCCAAAAACUCCAAUUAUAAUGCACAAAGCACAGAAAGUGAAUCACAAGACCCUGUGACAGAGAGUGACGAUGGCGGCUUCAGUGAAGAAUGGGAAGCCCAGAGGGACAGUCGCCUAGGGCCUCAUCAUUCUACAACUGAGUCACGAGCUGCUGUCCAGGACCUUUCCAGCAGCAUCCUAGCCAGUGAGGACCCAGAAGAAAGGGGAGUGAAACUUGGUUUAGGAGAUUUCAUAUUCUACAGUGUUCUGGUUGGUAAAGCUUCUGCAACAGCCAGUGGAGACUGGAAUACGACCAUAGCCUGUUUUGUAGCCAUAUUAAUUGGUUUGUGCCUUACAUUAUUACUCCUCGCCAUUUUCAAGAAAGCAUUGCCAGCUCUUCCAAUCUCUAUCACCUUUGGGCUUGUUUUCUACUUUGCCACAGAUUAUCUUGUGCAGCCCUUUAUGGACCAAUUAGCAUUCCAUCAGUUUUAUAUCUAGCAUUAUUUGCAAUUAGAAUCCCAUGGAUUUUUCUCCUUUGACUAUGAUAAAAUAUGGGGAGGACAAAGGUGAUUUUCCUCUGUCCACAUCUAACAAAGUCAAGAUUCCCAGCUGGACCUCUUUUGCAGCUUCCUUCCAAGUCUUCCUGACCACCUGCACUAAUAUAUUGGGCAUUGGAAGGAGGGAGCUGUCUACAGAAAACGGUUUUGAAUGUAUGUCGUCAUGGUGGACUGAAUCCCUCAGUGCAGAAACUACCAGAUUUGAGGACAAGAACAAGGACAAAGGAUGGGCCAAGAAGUUGCUCUGCUCCCACUAGUGGUUGGGCCCUUGGUCACAGGUGGACUUUACCAACACUGCAGACUCUCAGGACUACCAUUACCAAGAGGCUAAAUGAAGUGGUUUCAACCAAACAGGACUCUUCCUCUUACAACUACAUGUUGAAAAUCAACCUAAUAAAUCUGUAUUGAAUUCUGAACCUUUUCAGAGGUACUGUCAGGAUAGCAGGCACCAGGAGCAAUGUAGAAAGGUGAAGAGGAGAUCUAACUCUCACUGUCAGACUUUGCUGCUGCAGACUUACCAUUUUUAAAUCAGACUUUUUUUUUCACCUUGAGUCAAGUCAGAUGUGUAGGUUGAUUUUGAUGGUUUUUGUUCUCAGGCACUGAAACUCAUUACCAUCUCUGGUUGCCAUUUCUUCCCAAGGCCAGUCUAAACUUACUUGAGGUUGCUUUUUCUUUUAAAGUCUUAACCUCAGGUUCCAAAUUCAGUACUUUCUGGAAAUAAUGAAAGAAUUCCCUAUCAACCUUAGGUAGAUUCUGUGUUUCCCACCAAGUUUCUAAUUUCUAGACAUGUUUAUAGGCUCACUUGCCCCCAGAUGCUUCUGUUGUUUUCCAUCCCUCCCUUCCCUCCGCCCAUUAGCAGUUCUCUUAUACAGCAAAUAAGACAGCUCUGCUGUGACAGCAGACGAUCCGGUUAUUCCAGGAUUUUACUCUGUGUGGAACAAAGAACGUGUUAUGAGUAAGUGCCAUCAGCCUUGCUGUUGUAAUAUCUCCAACAGCAAAUAAGAUGUGCCCAAAGACAGUAGAAUUAAAGAAGAGUAAGAUGGCUGGUGAAGAGAACUUUCUGUUCCGAUUUUUCUUUUUUUAUCACAAGCCAUUUUCUGACAGUAUGUCAGAGUUUGUACCAAUAGCCAAAAGCUGGUGGUUUAUAAAGUUUAUGAAUCUGUUGUACCAGCAGAGAGCAAGAGUUAGGAGAAAGCCAUUAUUUCUCUUCGUGGGCUGUGGGAGAACCUAGUGUCAGGAAGGGAGCCAGCUGCCCAGAGAAGAAAGAGCGGACCUCCAACAGCCAGUGGGACAAAAUGAGCCUAAUGUCCCGCAGGCGGACGGGAAGGGGAACGCCAAGGUAUCCUCCACGACCCUCGCCAUGGGAGUUCUAUGGUUUCCCUUCUGCCUUACCUUUUGUUCCUAUAUCCCUGUGUGUGAACUGGGCAGGGCACCCAAGCCCUGUGCAGUUCAUCGGGACUGUGCAUGUGAACAGAGCUGGCAGCCUGUGGGCACAUGACACCUAAAUGAAGCUUUGUCAGGGCACACCCUUCUUUUACCAGACAACCCUUUGGCAUGGUGAUCAGGCUAAGCAUUUGUUAGAAACUUAGUUCCCCACUGCGGCUGAAAAAAAACCAGCUUUUCUUCUUUUUCCUGCCACUUUCUCUCCAGCCUAUCAUAAUAUCUGGUUUGGGGUUCUCCUUGGAGUUUAGGAUAUUUGUUGUCUGUCUUGGAAUAUUUCUUACAAGAAACUAACUUUAGGAGUGGUGUGCUAUCACUAACCUGAGCAUUCAAUAAAAUGCUGGCUUAUAUUAGGCAGUGGAGAACUGCAAGAGAAGAGCUAUGGAAAGAGAGUGGGGCUUUCCGGAGUAGCUCCUCUGGUUUUUCAUUUAAUGCCUUUUGCCAGUACUCUCUUUCCUCAGAAAUGCGGCAGCAUUGUUAUUAACUUCUAAAGUGAAUCACAAUUCGACAACCACAGCCACCCAAACACCAGUUUGAUUUGAAGCAGCUUUCAGGGAGCCCUGAUACAGAGCAGUUUUUUUGUGUAAGAGUCCCAACUGUGCUGUACCCUUCAUGAAAGGUUCAUCUCAGAAGAGGAUGUGUGUGUGUGUGUGUGUAAAUCCGUCCUACCUAUUGUCCUGUGUAGAAAGAUUGCAGUAAGUCUGUCAUUGUCUUCAAGAUGGAGCCACAUCUCAGCAUAGAGAGAACACAUUUCUUUAAAUUGUCAACCUCAGAUGCUCAAGGACUUUUCCUUUGAGCUUUAGUCAGUUGUUUCUGAAAAAGCAAAAUGCUGGUCUUUUACCAUGGGGAAUGGAUUGUCACUAGAGAAAGCAGUAGCAAUUCCACUGAGGCUGUACCCUCACACACAGGCAAGGGGGUGGCUGUGGAGCUGGGUGAACACACAUGAUGAUAAAGUACCACCAGCCCAGGCUGUCUACUUAGGAAAAAGGGGCAGGACAGUAGGAAGAAGUGUGACCACUGACGUCCGAGUCUGACUGGCUUAUAGAAUGAAGUGCUUAUAUACAGAAUGUGGCUAGAAACUAGCCAAUCGAAAUACCAGCCCAAUUUGUAAGAUUUCUAGAAUGUUCUCCAAGAGGAAGGGCUCACUUUCCUGGUUUUGAUUCUCACUAGGUUAGUAUGUGGUCCUCAGAUCAUGGCUCUUACUAUCAAUGAUAAAAUUUCUUGGCCAGAAAAAAUAGAAACUUUCAAAGCAACUUAGAAAAAAAAAUCAUAGAACAAUUGAUUUCACCAUAGAAGCAACAACUAAAGUGUUUUUUACUUGUAAACUCCUGGAUCCCAAUUUUUUGGGAUCCUCCUUCCAUAACAAAUGCCCAAACAAGUAAUAUGUAGCAUCAGCUGUCCUUUACUUGACUCAAAAAAACUUCAUACAUGUAGUCUUGGUUGUAAUUUGUAGAAUGUGAGGCAGAAACUAAGCUACCACAUAAGAUCUUGCAGGGUCAGAGGCUUCCUCAGGAAAGCCUCUGAUCCUGACCCCGCCAGUGCCUCGCCUCACAUAUUUGCCUACUUGUGAUCUAGCCUGGAAGAAAAAGAGCUCAGAAACUACUAGCAAGAGGUUUGUUAAGUGUGUUCCCUGUUCCUGGCAUGGUGCUAGAGUCUAAAGAUGCAACGGUGAAUAAGAUCUAUCCUUAGAAUGCAGCUGCAGUUUCUUGUUCUCUGGUUUCUGCCUUCCUUAACUUUGCUAAAAUACUGGGUACUUAUCAACCCCUUUUCAUGGUUACCACCAUUGAGGGCUUACAAAAUUGAUGUUAAUAAAGGUGACUUGAUGCUUCCA